AUGCCUCGUCGCUCUGCUAGGUCUCUCGGGAGCGUCUCUUGUGCCAGAGGUGCCUCGAAUAGGUUUGCCUCUCCAAUUAGUGAGCGGGACUUCGCGAGCGAGGAUGGCAAAAGCAUUCCCUUCCACCGUCGCCCGAUCGGCCUGCUCAUCCAAGUUCUCUUUUUUGGAUCUUGCAUGGCCGUCUGUUUCACCCUGCUUGGCCAUCACGUCCUCUCGUAUACUUCCGAUGCGCCGUCAAGCGGCACAGUCAGGAUCCUCUCCCGGGACGCCGCCCUGGGCGGGUGCAUCUUGACUCUCCUUUUGUGCCCCAUUCACCUCUUCAUCUGCGACAUCCUGUCCAAAAAGGGCGCGUCUCGCAAUCAGCUCAUGGUUGCCGAUGCUCUCUUGGUCGUCAUCGUCGAAUUCCCAGUACUCGGAGCCAUCGCGGGACCCUGCGGGCUGGCCCUUCUGCAGGCUGCGUCUGGUCAAGACUCUGUCCUGACGGUCAGGAUGGUUAGCUUCAUGGGGGCCAUCGGUUAUGGCGUGUACAUGAUCGCCAUCGGGUUUCCUGUGCUGUGCGCCUUUGCCAUCCUGGGGCCUGAAGUGAUAUGGCAGACUUUACCGCUCGUCUUUGAUUCAGUAGCAGGCCAAUGAUACACACUCCUUUGAGCACCC